UGGGGAGGUCCAGGCGGUCGCGGUGGUGGUGGAGGCUGGGGCUGGGGAGGCCCUGGCGGCUGGGGUGGCAAUCGCUUCGGCGGCGGAUUUGGACGUGAGUAUUAA